AAGACUCCUUCGUGUUCGCAAUUCCCAAUGCUUCAUUCCUUUUUAACUCCCCCGAGAUCCCUGGAAGCUCGGCAAUGGGCGUGGAGAUGGAGGAGAAUCGAGGAGCAUUCGAUGGUCACAGGGCGGCGGAACUCAUGGUUGAGCUCCGGGAAGCAUUCGGGUCUGGGAGGACGAGGAGCUAUGAGUGGAGAGUCGCGCAGCUCAAGGCUCUUUUUAGGAUGAUUGACGAGAAGGAGGCCGAGAUCAUGGCUGCUCUCUACUCCGACCUCGCUAAGCCCGAGCUUGAAGCUUUCUUGCAUGAGGUUUCUUUGACGAGAUCUGCAUGCCAACUAGCUCUUAAGGAACUGAAGCGUUGGAUGAAACCAGAGAAGGUUUCUAGUUCUAUUACCACUUUUCCAUCAUCAUCAGAAAUUGUGUCAGAGCCCCUUGGUGUUGUGUUGAUCAUAUCAGCAUGGAACUACCCCUUCAUACUAUCUCUUGACCCAGUAAUUGGAGCUAUUGCUGCUGGGAACGCUGUUGUUCUAAAGCCUUCUGAAGUUGCACCAGCUACAGCAUCAUUUUUUGCUAGAACUUUGCCAGCUUAUCUAGAUAGCUCUGCCAUUAGAGUUGUUGAGGGAGCUGUCUCUGAAACAACUGCACUUUUAGAGCAGAAAUGGGACAAAAUUUUAUAUACAGGUAAUAGUAAAGUAGGCCGCAUUGUUAUGGCUGCAGCAGCAAAGCACCUUACACCAGUGGUCUUAGAGCUAGGCGGAAAAUCUCCUGUCGUUGUCGAUUCAAAUGUCAAUCUAGAAGUGGCCGUAAAGAGGAUUAUUGUUGGCAAGUGGGGAUGCAAUAAUGGUCAAGCUUGUAUAUCUCCAGACUAUAUAAUUACAACAAAAUCUUUUGCUCCAAAACUGGUGGAGGCACUCAAAAGUACUUUGGAGAAAUUUUACGGGGAAGAUCCUUUGGAAUCAAAAGAUUUAUCACGUAUAGUGAAUUCCAACCAUUUUGCACGCUUGACAAGGCUCUUGGAUGAGGAUAAGGUUUAUGGCAAGAUUAUUUAUGGAGGGCAGCGAGAUGAGAAAAAGCUCAAAAUAGCCCCUACGCUCUUAUUUGAUGUUCCCCAUGAUUCUCUUAUCAUGAAGGAGGAGAUAUUUGGUCCUAUACUUCCUAUUAUUACGGUUGACAAGGUGGAAGAGAGUUUUGACAUCAUAAACUCUAGAACAAAGCCCCUGGCUGCUUAUCUCUUCACCAAAGACAAGAUUUUGGAGGAGAAGUUUGUCAAUAAUGUAUCGUCUGGGGGAAUGCUCAUCAACGACGUAGCCCUUCAUCUUGCAAACCCGAAUCUACCAUUUGGUGGUGUCGGAGAGAGCGGGAUCGGGGCUUACCAUGGUAAGUUCUCAUUUGAUGCAUUUUCUCACAAAAAAGCCGUCUUGCAUCGCAGUUUCGGCGGUGAAGCUCCUGCAAGAUACCCUCCAUAUACACUCAAAAAGCAAAGAAUUCUCAAGGCUUUACUUGGGGGUGAUAUCAUAUCACUUGUUCUUGCUUUACUUGGAUGGCCUAGAUCAUGAAUUCUCUAUAGUUGGUAUAGAAACAUGUUUGGUUGAUCAUAUUUCUUUAUCAUGUGGAGUGAGUUCCUCCCUUUCCCUUCAAAUUCUGUAUGAACAGCUAUAAAUAAUUUGAUGAAGAGAUAAACAUAGCAUCUGGUCUUUUAAAUUUUGGAUAAAUGUGGGCAGGUCAUUUUGAUCCA